AUGUCUAUAGACAAUAAAAAUAAAAUACAACAACAAGACCUAGUUGUACCAAACCAACCACAGAAAAAUUUAGUUCGAUUUAAUUAUCAUGAAGAUAACGAAGGUUUGAUCAAUCGUCAGAUCAAUUUGGAAUUAUAUGCUAGUUAUGUUUAUAUGGCUAUGGCACAUCAUUUUAGUCGUGCAGAUGUUGCUUUAAAAGGACAUCAGGAAUAUUUUGAAAAAAUGUCAAAAGAAGAAAAUGAACAUGCAAAUAAAUUUAUGAAAUAUCAAAAUAAACGUGGUGGUACUAUUGUAUUUUUAGAUAUCAAGAAACCACAACAACAAAGUUGGAGUUCACCUUUAGAAGCUCAUGAAAUGGCAUUACAAUUAGAAAAGGAUGUUUAUCAAGCAUUGCUUGAAUUACAUGCAUCUGCUUCCAAACAUGAUGAUCCGCAUCUUACAAAUUAUCUUGAAGACGAAUUUCUUGAUGAACAAGUUGAAUCAAUUAAAGAAUAUGUCGGUUAUAUUAC